AAAAGCAGCGGGAGCGCAGGGGGAGCAGCAAGCCUCUUCUCCCUGGCAUGGUGUAUCCGCUGUCCGCCACGCCCACACUGUCUCCGUGCCCUCCUCCUCUGCGAGCUAAGGAUGUCUACAAAGGAAGGACCCUGGGCCGAGGCCGAGUCACCCCACUGCGCUUCUAAACUGCUCAGACUGACACGACGAACAACAUCCCAGAGCCCUAGGGCAGGUCCUUCUCACCCAGGGUGUGGCAGUGCUGACUAGGCCGAGCCUCUGGACCCCAAGCUGACACAGCGUGUGGACAGCACAGGGGGUCCCUGGGGCGUGACCUGCAGGCGUGUGCUCCUGUCCUCCGCGCCUCCUUUUGCUGUCCGCUCGCUGGCUGCCGUGCCCUCGUCCACGCCCUCCUGCCAUGCCGCUGCCCCCUGGAGCCUGCACACCCUGGACCAGGCCCUCUGAAACCGUGAGCCAAGUAACCCUCUCCUGCUUCAAGCUGCAGGCCACCAGGGCUGCACCGCGCGCCGGGCAGCGGACGGACAGACGCCCGGAACUCCGCAAGCUGAGGCUGCGAAGCUCGAUGAGCUCUUUCUCCACGCUCUCCGCACAGCCCUCUGCCCCAGGCCUGGGGACGCCCCGGGUGACCCGAGGCCGCGACAACCCUGUCUCGGCCCCCCAGGAAACGACCGAGACUCUGCUCUGCAUGCCCGACCUGCCCCCGUCCACCGCUGAGAGGGCCAGAGAGCACGCGCCUGGCUCGGCCCCUCAGCGCCAGCUACCGCCUCCCCUCCGCUCCUUGCCGGAGGGGCCCCUCUCCCCGGGGCCAGCCUGGCUCCCCCGUUUGUGGGGCGCACGGCUCUGGUUCCUGGCUCUGGAUGGCCGGACCUUGUCAUUCACUGCUUCAGCCAGUGCAGGCUGGGGUGUGGGCAGGGAAGGUUGGCCCAGGCUGGAUGGGGCAGCUGGAGCCACGGCCAGAGGGAGGGCAGCACCCCAGGCCUCGGGACCCCGACAUUCGCAUGCCACAAGCACUGUUUUGGUCACAGCGAGUGUGACUGGUUUUCCACUGGUGUGCAAGGCCACCGAGUCAGCUCUGAGCAAUCACAAAGUAUAAUUAACAAAGCCAGGCGGGGAGGCGCACUUCU